CUUUGCCAGCUUGAGUAGCUAGUGUACAUGUAAACAGAAACAUCAUACAAAAUAAAACGAGAGAAUAGAGAGAAGCCAUAUUGAUUACAUCUUGCCUAAGGCCAAGAAAAUAAACUACAUGCUGCUAAAAUGUGCUAGGUGCACCUGGGGAUUAAAUCAUAAAACUUGUAAAACUCUAUACAACGGGGCAAUACAACCAAUGCUACUUUAUGCGGCCUCCAACUGGGGUCAUGUAACUAGUAAAAAUUCAGUAGCAAGUAACUUACUCUCUCUUCAAAAACAGUUUGCCCUCAGAAUUUCAAGGUUCUGCAGAACUGUUUCUACUAAUGCCUCUCUGAUACUAGCAGAGCUCCUUCCUUUGUCACUAUGUAUUGUAGAAAAGAUUCUAAACUACUACAUCAGAACUACAAGCAUCAAGGCUCAACAAUGGUCUCUACUCCUCUCUAUGACUGUUCAUAUGACAGCUCAAAUUCUAAUUUCACAUUGCAAUUACCCUACUAUCUCUGAUCAUCACCCUGUAAACAAUGUUAUCCCCAGGGAACAUUUGGUAUCAUCUGCUUCCUCCAUGGAUAACCAUGCAGACAUUAAUAUCUACACAGAUGGGUCCAAAAGUCCCUUCAUGUCGGUUCAAGUAUCUGUAUCUUCCUCCAAACUGACAUGUUUUGCUCAAAAUAUGUUAGAAGGUACAGAUACUCCCACAUAUCAAGCUGAAGAAGACACUGUCUAACAGGCUGUUUGUGGGCCACUUAACUACCAAACAAAGCUCUGUCUAUCAACAUUUACAGUGAUUCUCAGUCUGUCCUAAAAGCUCUAUUAAAUCGCA